AUGGUGGUGCAUAGAGAUAUAACCAAGGAUGAUCUCAAAGACUACCUUCACAGGCCUGUGGAUCUCUUCGACGCACUAUGCAUCGUCGCCGAACGAGCAACGGAGAUACGCGACAGCGAGGAGAAGGCGUUCCGGGAAAGCCAACGUGUUGUCGACCGCAAGGGCAAAAAGCCGAUCAUCUGCAUUUUGCCGAAAAGGCCUAGAGACGAAGCCUCCCCAGCCCCCGUCCCCGCCGCCGCUGCGAGGCCUAAGCGAAGAAGGCCGCCCCUUCCCCCCCUCUCGCCGAAGCCGAAGCGGGUGAGAAGGCCGCUCCCUCCCCCCCUCCGCGAAAAGCCGCCGCUGCCGGCGGAAUUUUACACCGCGAUCAAGGAGAUGGCCCUAGCCAAAAAAGCGGUUGCAACGGAGGCGAAAUUGGUGAUACAGAAGCAGCUCACCAGUACCGACCUGAGCAGCGGCCACAACCGCCUCUCGAUUCCGUUCAACAACAUCGAAAAUGAUUUUCUCACGGAGGAGGAGAAGCAGUAUCUCCUCGGCCAUGAUGAGAAAAAGAAGAAGCUGUUUCUUGAGGUGGAGAUCGUGCAGCCGUCGCUGGAGGUGGAGACGGUGAGGUUUUGCCGGUGGGAUAUGCCCAAGGAGAACGGGAAGACGUCGUCCACCUACGCGAUUAGAGGGAAAUGGAAUGCGAUUGUGAACAACAAUGACCUCAUCCUGGGGAUGACGGUGCAGCUGUGGUGUUUUCGGGUUGAUUGGGAGCUGUGUUUCGCACUCGUGAGUGUGCCAACGAAUCUCGCCGACUGAAUUACGGCGGUGGUCGGAUUCUGGAAUUAGGGUUUUAGGUAUUGUGGGGUUUGAAUAAUUAGUUUAGGUAGUGGUAUUGUUUGUUUGUUUGUUAUCUUUUAUUCUAUGUAUUGUUUGUGAUU